CGACUCUCUUCCAGAAUCUCGUUCCUCGGGCCAUCUUCUUCUUCUUCUCCUCUCCUUUCUAUAUCUUUCUUCACGGAUUUCAAGGAGAGCUUGAUCCUUUUUUAUUUAUUAUUCUUAUUCUCUUUAAUAGUCUUCUUAAUCUCCUUCUCUCUCUCUGGUUCGGUCUCUCAUGGUUUGACAAUGGCGGCUGCUGCUGCUGCUGCUGCUGCUUAUUCGGACCGUGUUUGUACCGGUUCCGAAGAAACCUCGUAGAGACAAGAAAACCCAUUUCCCUGUAGGUUGCUUGGGUUGGAGGGACAUUAACAGUUGGGGGAAUUCCCUCGAGAGAGAGAAAAAGCAUUGUUCUUUGAGCUGGGUUUCAUGGAAUGAACACCAAGAAUAAUGGAUUGCUUCAGCCAAGAGGAAGACUUGCCGUUCUUUGAUGCUAACGAAGAAAUGGCAUCGAAUGGUUCCAAUGGCGAUACCUUCCAUUUCGAUGUACGGUACGGUUGCUCUGAAAGUGUUGUGGAGCGGAGGAAGAAGUUCUUGGAGUGGAUGGGAGUCGAUGAAGGUGGUCGUGUCAGUUCAGGGAUUUCGGCUUCUGCGAGUAAUGCAGAGCAAGAAUUCGAUAGAUUUCGAGAAAAUCACUCGGAGGCUGUGAUGAGAUCUGGAGAUGGAGCUGGAGAAUUCAGCAGUUCUUCUCAGUUAUCGUCGUUUUCGUCCUUGUCUGGUUCAAGUAUGGAUCUUUCUGGCGAGUUGUCUCUAAGGGUAGAUGAAACGAGAGCUUAUAGCUCUUCCAUGGCGUCGAGUUCUGAUUCAAGAUGUUGUCAGGGGAAGGAAAGUAAUGACAUCACAGGGCUAAUCAGGAGUUUUAAGAAGGGCUGGUUUCAUAGGCUGCGUUCUAUGGGGUGUGCCACUGGUAAGGAGGUUGAAUCGAGUACAAUGAAAGCUUCUAGCUAUGGAGGAGAAGAAGUAGUUUCUGGUGGCAGCCAUUGUAGAGUUAAGGUUAAGCAUUGUAGGAAGAAGGUUAAGGAACUUUCCGCUCUUUAUCAGAGCCAAUACAUUAAGGCUCAUGAUGGUCCAAUCACGACGAUGAAGUUCAGCGAUGACGGGAAGUAUCUUGCAAGCGGUGGUGAAGACGGGGUUUUGCGCGUUUGGAAAAUCGAGGAGGAUAAUCGAUCAAGAAAACGGGAUUUACCCAAGAUAGAGACAGACCCUUCUUGCUUGUAUUUUGAGGUGGAUGAUCAAGAUCUUUCCCGGUUGAAACCAGUGAGGGUGGAUGAGGAGAAGAAAACAAAGAGAAAGAACUUGAGGAAAGCAUCAGAAUCGGUCUGCGUUGUAUUUCCUUCAAAAGUUUUCCGGAUAAUGGAAAAUCCGAUACACGAAUUUCGCUUCCACACUGGUGAAAUCCUUGACAUCUCUUGGUCUAAGAACAAUUGUCUUCUCUCGGCAUCGAUGGAUAACACAGUAAGAUUAUGGAGAAUCGGAAGCAAUGAUUGUCUCGGAGUUUUCCCCCACAAUACCUAUGUGACUUCUGUACAGUUCAACCCGGGUCACGAAAACUAUUUUAUCAGCGGUUCAAUCGAUGGGAAAGUUCGAAUCUGGGAAAUUUCGGAUUGCAGAGUUGCUGAUUGGGCCAAUACCAGAGAGAUUAUUUCCGCAGUGUGUUAUCGUCCAGAUGGACGGGGUGGAAUCAUUGGAUCUUUGGAAGGAAAUUGUCGAUUCUUUAACAUGUCUGGAGAUUACAUAGAACUAGACUCUCAGAUUCACUUGGUUAACCACAAGAAGUCAUCAAAUAAAAGGAUAACCGGAUUCAAGUUCUUGCCACACGACCCGAGUAAAGUUUUGGUUGUUUCGGGUGAUUCCCAAGUCCGAAUUCUUCACGGGAACAACGUUGUCAGAAAAUACAAGAGUCUUUGCAAGACGAGAAGCCUAACGUCGGUGUCUCUCACAUCUGAUGGAAAGCAUAUCGUAUCAGCUUGUGAAGAUUCCAAUGUGUACAUAUGGAACAGCAGCGACAACACCCACGAAGAAGAAUCUGAUUCUUCUUCUUCCCAGAUGAAAAAGAUUCGAUCUUUCGAAUGUUUCUUGACCAAUGCAUCAGUGGCAACAACAUGGUGCGGGUUCUCGUCAGAGGACAAGUCUCCUCGUCAAACUCCUCUCCCGCCCUCUUGCCUGUCUCAAGGGUUGGCCAUGGGAUCGGGUUUCAAAGGAUGCGCGACUUGGCCAGAAGAAAAUCUUCCUUCCAGCCCUUUCACCACGUUCAAGAUGAAUGUCUCCCCAUACAAGACGAACUCCCUCGCUUGGGGAAUGGUCAUAGUGACCGGAGGUUGGGAUGGACGGAUCAGAACGUUCCAGAACUAUGGCCUCCCUCUGGUCACGUAGCCGGCUCCAUGAUCCGAACCAGGUUGCCAUUCUGAGAUUUGGGAGUUAUGGGUGGGUACGAACAGAUCCAUUAUUGAGAUUUCAGGAGAUUCUCCAAGAGGGUUUUGAGCAUGGUCCGCCAAGAUCACUGGUUAGAAAGAAUCAUCGAUCUGAGGAUGAGGGAAAAGAUUUUUUUCAUGGAAUGUGGCUUGUCCAAGGUGAUUUCGGCGUACGGAUUGUCGAAAAAGGACAGGUGUGGGCCCGGAGACAUUGGCCGGCAAGUGAUCGUGGAACCUGUGGCUCAAGUUUGUCCUCUCAAGGAAGUGGUGACGGAGCUUUUGCUUCUUGAUGUUGAUAUUGAUGCUGAUGCCCCUUUUUUUUCUUAUUAACCUCUGUGAUUUUUUUUUAAAUUUCUAACAUAACGAAAAGCUUGAUUUAUUUUACAAUUGUAAAAAUUAAAUCUUACA